GCAUAACAAGUGUAAAAAGCCAAACAGUCUACGUUAGCUUUCCCUGUCAUGACGUUAGCCUGAUGCUGAAUGUUUUUCAUCCCACUCGCAUCUCUCUCGGAGCUUGAGAGCAUCCAGACAUUUCUAGCUCAGUCUGCCGAGCACCUUCGCCACUCACGAUUGUCGGAGCCAUCGCUGCGUCCCGACUGAUGAGGCGGCGUAACAGCGCUUUGGCUGACGUGACGUGCCGUGACGCCGCGGCUUCCAUGAAGUGCUGACCCCCGCACAGUCCUGAGCCGAGCGGGCGGCGGAGCAGAUCGGAGGACUCGCGAGGUGGUUGUUCGGUCUGGCGCCGCCUCCCCCUGGGGCCGGCGUGCGCUCCCAGCAGCCCGUGGUGCCCUGCGCCCCGCCCUCGCCAUCACCGCCCGCCAGAGUCCAUGUGCCAGCAGGAGGAGGUGCGGUUCGUCCGCCAGGAGCCAUGUGCCUCCCGCACACCAACAGCAUGGACAGCAAGCUACAGGGGGCGGGGCCAGGGAGUGGCACACCACUUCGAUCCCGAGGAGGAGGUGUUCCACUGGAGCCUUUUAUGCACCAGGUGGGAGGUCACACCAGCAUGAUGCGCUACGACGACCACACGGUGUGCAAGCCUCUGAUCAGCAGGGAGCAGCGCUUCUAUGAAUCCCUGCCUCCAGAGAUGAAGGAGUUCACCCCCGAGUACAAAGGCGUGGUGCUGGUGUGCUUCGAGGGCGACUCAGACGGCUACAUCAACUUGGUGGCCUACCCGUACGGCGAGAGCCACAACGCCGAGGCGGGGCCCGGCGAGCACGAGGAGCGCGAGCCGGCCGAGCGGGAGCAGCCGCGGCGGAAGCACUCCCGCCGGAGCCUCCGCCGCUCGUCCUCAUGCUCCGAGCACAGGGAGGAGCGCCACGACGUGGCGCACGACAGCGACUCUGCUGACAAGUCACUCAGCAGCGGCGUGGCGGAGCUGAAGAGUCCGCGCUUGGAGCCUAAGAUCCACAUGGACCUGCCCUUUCAGAUGCUGGACUGGAACAGCGAGCUGAGCUCGGAGAAGAUCAGCCACAACCCCUGGAGCCUGCGCUGCCACAAACAGCAACUCAGCCGCAUGCGCUCCGACUCCAAGGACCGCAAGCUCUUCAAGUUCCUGUUGCUUGAAAAUGUGGUCCACCAUUUCUCGUACCCGUGCAUCCUGGACCUGAAGAUGGGCACGCGGCAACAUGGCGACGACGCCUCAGAGGAGAAGGCGGCUAGGCAGAUGAAGAAGUGCGAACAGAGCACCUCGGCCAAGCUGGGGGUGCGACUGUGCGGCAUGCAGGUGUACCAGCUGAACACGGGCAACUACCUCUGCAGGAACAAGUACUAUGGGCGCAGCCUGACGGCCGAGGGCUUCAGCCAGGCCCUGCAGCAGUACAUGCACAACGGGCGGGGCCUGAGGCGGGACCUCUAUGAGCCCAUCCUGCACAAGCUGCAUAGCCUCAAAGCAGUGCUGGAGCGCCAGGCGUCCUACCGCUUCUAUUCGUCCUCGCUGCUCAUCAUCUAUGAGGGAAAGAAGCCCGAAGCUCCAGUCAGUUUCAACUCUGGGCAGCUGGUCACCAGGCAGAAGACCCCGGAGGAGACCCACUGCGGCAAUCCCGGGGCCCUCGCGCCACAACCGCCUUCGGCCGGUGACAACCCCCGCGCCGAGGAUUCUCUGUCCCAUACCGACUCCUCUUCCUGUCCUGCGCCCGCCUUGAGCCCACUCCCUCAGCCCCCCUCUGACCCCUUGCCGCCGCAGCAGCCCCCCCUAGUGGACGUUCGCAUGAUCGACUUUGCCCACUCCACCUUCAAGGGUUUCCGUGGCGACACGGCAGUCCACGACGGCCCUGACCGAGGUUACGUGCUGGGUCUGGAGAGCCUGAUCCAGAUCCUGGAGGAUCUGCAGGCUGAAAACCAACAGUGAACACGCAAGUGUAAAUAUGGAAGUUGAAGUUUCCCCGACACGCAUUCCCUCCCUUGGCAGUUGUCGCCACGGCAACACAUGUAUUCAAGCAAAACGGCUGGGAAGUGGAACAGUGGACGAACUGUUGAGGCUCAAUUCACAUUCAGAGACUCUCACACCUGUCAAAGCAAACGUGAUCUCUCCCAAGUGAUUCUGUUCUGUACUUCCAAAACAAAAGAUUGGGAAGUUUCUGCCUUUGGAGUAGGCAUCAGAAACGCUUGUGUCAAAGGGCAACUUGCGAUAAGAUGUUUCACACCUGAGUCGCAGGUGAGAUCCCGCUUGGCUGCGUUUUGAGCACGCUUACAUUGUGGAUCUCAGCUCUGAUGCGGUGCGUCGGCAUCAAAAACCUAACUGCAUGUUUUGCUUCAACGGCACUGGCCUGGCAAUUUGACACAUUCAGGGUUUGUAGCAAAUCCGCCUAAACCAGAAGGAACUAUGGCGGUUGAGCAACACACGCAUAUUUCCUUGUAGUGUAAGAGCGGCAGGGCAGCCCUUUCUUUUUUUUUUCCCGGGGUGCCGAUACAUUUGGGAUCGCGAUUCUGCCAUUUGCUGUCUUUUGAGGGAGAGCGGCCAACGCGUGUCAUUUUGGUGGGAGGCCGUGUCUUUGGCUGAGUUCCACGUGAAAAGCCACAGGCUGGCUUCUUUUAAAGCAAUAGACUGUUUUUUGUUUUGUUUUCUUGCUUUUUCCUUAGCCCGGAUGAAGAGCAACAUCACCCCCCCCCCCCCCCCCUUCCUUUAUUUUAUGAGCCUCUUGCCACCAAAAGAUGUCAUGACCUUACAGUUCUCAGUCACGUAAGAGCCGCUUGAAACAACGCACUUCCUGGUCCUGUGACAUCACCACCCACUCGUCUCCGGGACCAAUCAGUUGUGAGCAUUUGAGGCCAUACAAGCGCUUGGUGUCCCCCCCCCCCC